UCUCAAACUAUCGUCCUAGAAUAUACAUAAACAAAAUCCAUAGUUUACCAAUAGAUCACAUUAGAUCCAAACGUAUGUAAAUAUUAUAUCUUGCAUUGCAACUUUCUAUUAUCAAGGGAAAAAAAUAUGUAAAUUUGAGAGCAUGAAUCCGUCAAGAAAAAACAUUAGCAACAAUGAAAGUAAUAGAUCCAGCAGCCCUAUAUCGCGCUUGUUUAUUACCUCCAGCAUUAAGAGGACUAAUUCAGACUCGCAAUGUCAUGAUGAUAAUUGUUCAUUGGACAUUUCUAUUGAUAACAUUGAUGAAAUAUAUCACGAUGUUGAUGAAUUCAUUGACGUCUUAUCUGCCGGUGACAGGAGCGCCAAUCCACCCAAUGUUCCUGACAUUGUCGAACAACUAUGUAAAGCUGUAGAGUCCCGGAUCAAAAAAUAUGUUUCUUGUGAAAAUCAAAAUAAAUUUGGCAAUGUGACUGAGAAGGACGUGUUCUUCAUCGAAGCAAUAAUGCGGUUGUCAAAAUUGAAUAAUGUAUUUGAUGAGUUUUCAACAAGUUUAACGGCCUCAUCAUGGACUAACCGGAUUGGAAUUGUGUUACAACAAGCAAUGGCUUUCAUGGAAGAAGAGGUAUCUUGCUUACUUGAUUGUUCUAGAAAUUAUAACAACUCAACAACACACAAAUCAUUCUCCUUGAAUUCUAAGGGCGAGGACAUCUCUCCUAGCGGAUUGGAAUCCGUUCAAGGAGAAAAUUAUGCAAUAUACUCAUCAGAGAUCGUUUCUUUGAUUAGUCGCAUAUGUAUCGCCAUGAUCACAGCUGGAUAUGAGAAUGAAUUUUGUCAAGCUUAUACGAUCUCACGGAGAAAUUCAUUUUCUGAAAAAAUGAAAAAAUUUGAUUUCGAGAGAAUUAACGUGGAAGAUGUUCAAAGAAUGCCAUGGGACACUCUAGAGGGGGAGAUAAUGAGAUGGAUGGGAGUGGUAAAAUUCUGCUCCGAGACAUUUCUUCCCGGAGAACGGAGACUCGCCGACUCUAUUUUCUUUGAGUGUCCAUCACUAUCUCAAAGCAUCUCAAGCAACUUAGCUCGUCCAAUGGUGAUUCAGCUCAUGGACUUACCGGAUGCAGUGUCAAUGAUGAAGCGCUCAGCCGAGAAACUCUUCAAAUUCCUAGACAUGUAUGAGACAAUUCGCGAUCUCAUAUCAACAAUCAAUGAUUUAUGUUUUGAUGACAGUCUCAAUGAGGUGAAAUAUGAGAUGGUUGUUGUUAGCGAUAGAAUAGGGGAAACGACUGUUAGCCUUUUUCUCGACCUUGAGGAAUCAAUAAAAAAUGAUGUAUCGAGGACUCCAGUCCCCGGUGGAGCAGUGCACCCUUUGACGCGCUACGUCAUGAACUAUCUAGAAUACACCUUUGAAUACAAAGACACCUUGGAGCAUAUAUUUAAGCAACAUGCUAAACCAAAAUGUCAAGUCUGUGAAGAAAAGAUAUUACCGUCAGGUGCAGAAGUAGUGAUUGGUAAUAAUUAUGGUAAUGAUAAUCAUCAUCAUCAUCAUAAUAGUAAUAAUAAUGAUGAUAGUAACAAUAACAAUAGUGAGAAUAGUAGUAUUUGUUGCACAACGCCGUUCUCAAUACAAAUUGUUACAGUUAUGGGUCUCCUAGAUACAAACCUAAAAACCAGGGCAAUGCUUUACAGAGAUCUAUCACUGCGUGACAUAUUCUUGAUGAACAAUGGUAGAUACGUUCUUCAAAAAGUAAAACGGUGCAACAAGAUGCAUGAAUUAAUGGGUGAUGAUUGGUGUCGUAAAAGAUCGGGAAUUGUGAGGCAAUACCACAAGAGCUAUCAACGGGAAACUUGGGGAAGGGUGUUGAGGAUUUUACGUCAUGACGGAUUACAAGUGAACGGGAAAAUUGCAAAGCACGUUUUGAGAGAAAAAUUCAAAAGUUUUACAAAUGCAUUUGACGAAAUACAUAGAACGCAAAGCACUUGGGUUGUCACCGAUGAUCAACUUCAAUCAGAGCUUCGAAUUUCUAUAUCUUCAAUGGUUAUUCCGGCUUACCGGUCAUUUUUUGGGAGGUUUAAGCAAUGUCUUGAAAAUUCAAAACAAGCUGAAAAAUACAUCAAGUAUCAACCAGAGGAUAUUGAGGCCUUAAUUGAAGAACUAUUUGAGGGAAAUUCUAUAUCCAUGGUUAGGAGGAGAAUAUAAUGUGACAUAUUUAUAUUUGUCAAUCACCCUUUGAAAUUCACAUCACACCCCCUCUUUUAAAUUAUA